AUGUUUCAUCGGGUGAAUCGAAACCGAAGAGGUACCAUGUCGCUGGGAUUCUCCUGGAUCCGCAGGAGGUUCAGCUACUACGAGGAUAAACAUCAGUUCCAGGAAUGUGCAAAUGAUACUGAGCCAACUAUUCGAUUACAAGUCCAAAAGUCAAUGUGUUAG